AUGUUGCCAACGUCAUCAACGGAAACGACACUUACUUCAACAUCUGAAGUAAUGCCAACGUCGUCAACGGAAACGAUAUUGACGUCAACCCCUGAUAUGAUGCCAACGUCGUCAACGGAAACGACACUUACGUCAACAUCUGAAGUAAUGCCAACGUCGUCAACGGAAACGACACUUACGUCGACACCUGGCGUAAUGCCAACAUCAUCAACGGAAACGACACUUACGACGACACCUGACGUAAUGCCAACAUCAUCAACGGAAACGACACUAACGCCUACCCCUGGUAUGAUGCCAACGUCGUCAACGGAAACGACACUUACGUCGACACCUGGCGUAAUGCCAACAUCAUCAACGGAAACGACACUAACGCCUACCCCUGAUGUGAUGCCAACGUCGUCAACGGAAACGACACUUACGUCGACACCUGACGUAAUGCCAACAUCAUCAACGGAAACGACACUAACGCCUACCCCUGAUGUGAUGCCAACGUCGUCAACGGAAACGACACUUACGUCAACAUCUGAAGUAGUGCCAACGUCGUCAACGGACACGACACUUACGUCAACAUCUGAAGUAAUGCCAACGUCGUCAACGGAAACCACAUUAACGUCAACCCCUGGUAUGAUGCCAACGUCGUCAACGGAAACGACACUUACGUCGACACCUGGCGUAAUGCCAACAUCAUCAACGGAAACGACACUUACGACGACACCUGACGUAAUGCCAACAUCAUCAACGGAAACGACACUAACGCCUACCCCUGAUGUGAUGCCAACGUCGUCAACAGAAACGACACUUACGUCAACAUCUGAAGUAGUGCCAACGUCGUCAACGGAAACGACACUUACGUCAACAUCUGAAGUAAUGCCAACAUCAUCAACGGAAACGACACUUACGACGACACCUGACGUAAUGCCAACAUCAUCAACGGAAACGACACUAACGCCUACCCCUGAUGUGAUGCCAACGUCGUCAACGGAAACGACACUUACGUCAACAUCUGAAGUAAUGCCAACGUCGUCAACGGACACGACACUUACGUCAACAUCUGAAGUAAUGCCAACAUCAUCAACGGAAACGACACUUACGUCAACAUCUGAAGUAAUGCCAACGUCGUCAACGGAAACGACAUUGACGUCAACCCCUGAUAUGAUGCCAACGUCGUCAACGGAAACGACACUUACGUCAACAUCUGAAGUAAUGCCAACGUCGUCAACGGAAACGACACUUACGUCGACACCUGGCGUAAUGCCAACAUCAUCAACGGAAACGACACUAACGCCUACCCCUGAUGUGAUGCCAACGUCGUCAAUGGAAACGACAGUAACGUCUACCCCUGAUGUGAUGCCAACGUCGUCAAUGGCACCCUCAACAUCCCCAGACCCUGAUUCUUCCUAUACAACUGAAUCGCCUAGCGAGGAAGUUUAUACAAAUUUUUGGAAUAUGUGGACAAUCGCGUUGUUAGCAUUAGGUUCUUGUGUGAUUUUAUCUAUAGCAGUCGUUAGUGCAUAUCAUAUUGGUAAAAUAAGAAGAAAUAACACUGACAGUGAUUAUUUCAUACCCGAAAUUGAACCGCAAAGAAUAAUUCCUCGAAUUAGAAGGGCAAGGAAUAAUCCAAUAUUUCAAGUUUAA